UCCUGUCAACAUGCAGCAAUAAUGUACAGGAGUCAAGUGCCUACAAGAUUAAUUUAAAUGGUGUUAUGACAAUCCAAGCAAAGCCACUGCAACAGAGGCAUCAGGAAUUUAGUGAGAGAGCGCUGUAUGAUCCAGAUGAUGGAGCAAAUGAGUUGAUGUGUGUGAAGACCCAGGCUCUGAGAGGGUCCGGUAUAUUCAUACAGAAACCCGCAGCCCAGCGCAGACUCCCCAGACUGAGUGGCAGGGUUCGGAUGUACCACAACCUAAUGGCAAACGGAAGCCAAAUCUUACGAGGAACUAGACAAACCACUGUGAAUGAAAGCCUGCCCUCUCCACCGGUGAGUGCGGUUCAGAGCCACAGGCUUCCUCAGAUACACUCUAAGUCUCAAGAGCAAGAAUACUAUGCACCUAUUUCCAGGCUUGUGCAGGUAACAAGCCACACCAGUGUUACUGUGGCCUGCAGACUAUUGAUCUGCCUAUCUGAAGAGAUUCAUGCUACUCCCUCGCCACCUUGA